ACAGCGCGUGAACGUCACAGCGUUCUCGAAGCUACCACAGCUGCAGUCAUGGCCGCUAACAACACUGAAGCUAACAACACUGAAGCUAACAGGCUGGAUCCCCAGGCAGCACCCGGGGAUGGAGACACUUCUGUUCAAGUCAGGAUACAAGUCGCUGCCAAACACGGUCCUGUCACAGCUGCAAGCACGUCACAGAGUGACUCUGUCUCAGCCCCACCUAAAGUCAUCCCGAGUGGCCAGCCUUCACCCUGUGCAGUGACGGUGUCAGGGCCUCGCACCUCACCUGUUAUGGUGGUUGCAAGUGCAGGAGUGAGUGCAGGUAACCAACAGACAACGAAACAGCCUCAGAACCAGGUGGCCUCCGUGAAACAGCUUACAACCACAGGAAGGACGGUGCUGAUAACUGUUCCCAGAUCAGCAACUGCACAGCCAGUCACUCCUCGACUGCCACAGGCCACCUCCACCCAUCUCCCAGCCAAUAUCCAGAUACCUCCAGGUAUGAUGCUGAUCCGCAGUGACAGUGGGCAGCUGAUGCUAGUAUCUCAGCAGGCUUUGGCUCAGGCUCAGCAGGGACAAAGACUUAUCAGUGGUCAACCCACCAGGAUACUUGCACCACAGGUGUGUGCAGCAGCUGAAAGUAAAAGGAAUGAGAAUGUAACCGUGAUCAAGAUGACGCCUACUUCCAGUUUCCAGAAAGCAGCACCAGUCCAGAAGACUGCUGUGGUCAUCGGUGUUGCCCCCAAACCAGCUCUUGUCCAGACGGUGAACGUGGUGUCUGAGCGAGGCAGCCAUGCUGGCUCUCAGGCUGCAGGCGCUAAAAAGGAAUCAGUGCCCACGUUUAGCAAGGAGACGCUGGAAAGUGUGAAGAAGUGCAAGAACUUCUUGGUAACGCUGAUCAAGCUGGCCUCCAGUGACUCCAGAUCUGUGAACAUGGCUAACAAUGUCCAAGCGCUGGUCAGGAGUCUGCUGGAAGGGAAACUGGAAGCAGAAGCGUUUACGGAGCAGCUCUAUGACACGUUGAAGUCGACUCCACAACCCUGCUUGGUGCCUUUUCUCAAGAAAAGUCUUCCUGCGGUGCGUUGCCUUACUGCAGACCCCCAGUUAUUCAUCCAAAAAGCUUCAGCUUCCACACGCCCUCCCACAACACCGUCUUCCAGCAUAAAGCAGUCCAACACCGAGACUGGAAAAACCCUCCAGAACAGGCAGCAGAUGCAGGUUUUCCAGGCUCGAGGAGUGGCUCUGCGACCUGGCCUCACAACAUUAGUCCACUCCAGAAACUGCAUAUCUAAGAAACCCACCACUCGGCACAUAGUGGGAUACUCGGGGAAAAACUUCUCAGGAGGUUUUUCAGUGAAGCAGCCCUUCGCUCAUGAGCCACCUAAUUCUACCAAAUUUGCAUUCAGAGACAGUUCAGGAUCUUACAAAGAAGAUGAUGAUAUCAAUGACGUCACCUCCAUGGCUGGAGUCAACCUGAGAGAGGAGAACGCACAGAUCUUGACCAGCACGGUUGGUGCUGUGGUGCAGUCGUGUCAGGAUCAGCUGUUCCUGUCGACUCACCCGGCGCUCAGCACAAUCCUUCACACAGGACAGCCUCUGGGAGUAACUGAUGUUGGUCCAGAUGUGGUUGCUUUGGUUUCUCAUGCUACUCAGGAGUUUCUUCGUGGGCUGCUGGAGAAACUCACAGUAAUGGCAGAACACCGCAAGACCACCCUGAAGCAGAACUCGUGGCACACGCAAGUCAGUGAUGCUCGUUCUCAGCUUCGCUUCCUGGAGGAAAUUGAGAGCUUGCAGAAGAAGAAGAGAGAUGAGGAGGAGAGGGAGAGAUUGCUGCGUUUUGCCAGAAGUCGCUCUCACACUGAAGAUCCAGAGUAUCAGCAGCUCAAGCAAAAAGCCAAAGAGUUGCAGCAAAUAGAGGAAGCUCAGCUGCAGCAGAGGGAGGCCAACCUCGCUGCUCUGGCUGCCAUUGGCCCUCGCAGGAAGAGACCCCUGGAUCAGACCGACAGCCAGGUGUGUGUGCUGCCCAGGCCAGGUGUUCACAGAGUGACCCGGGUGAUCCUGAAGGAUCUGCUGGUGUGUAUGGAGGAGGAACCCUUUCUGCGUCGCUCUCUCGCCCUCUAUAAAGCCAUGCUCUGAUCAGCUUAUUGUCUUCCUGCAGUUGAUCUAAAAUCAUUUGUUAAUCCUCGUUUGUGAUAUUCUGUUUUGUUUUUUGUCACGGUCGGGUUCAGCUGCAUUUGAAUCGCAGUCAGUUUUGGUUUUGCUGUUGUUCUGUUGGAAAAAACUAAAAGUGAGCUGUGUGGAAAAAGUAAAGUGACUGUGGUUUCCUGCUGGAUUAUUGGGUUUUUUCCAUUAAAAACAUGUUGAAAUUGCA